AUGAAUUCGUUUAGUAUACGGGAUGAGAGUUCGAGUGUAAUUCUUUAUGGAGUUGCGAUCCGUAGUGACAAUCGGAUUAAAUAUGCUGUUACAACACUAUCUAUCUAUCUAUCUAUCUAUCUAUCUAUCUAUCUAUCUAUCUAUCUAUCUAUCAUAUACCGCAUUCCCUUGCCUCUUUCUUUCCAAUCCUCACGAGUAUACAUUGCGGCGAAUGGGUUUUCUAGUUUUCUGUCUUUUAUCUUCAAAUGGCUGCUGAAUAUACGUUUUGAAAAAGAACAAUCUACAGCGUGCCUCUUUCUCCCCCCACUCUCUCUCUUUCUCCUCUCUCUAUUUAUCUCCUCUCUCUCUUUCUCCCCCUCUCUCUAUUUCUCCCUAUCUCUUUUUCCUCCUCUCUCUCUCUCUUUCUCCAAUCUAUCUCUUUCCACCUCUCUCUUUCCCCCAUCUAUCUCUCUUUCCCUCUCUCUCUUUCUCCCCUCUCUCUUUCUCCCCUCUCUCUUUCUCUCGUCUCUCUUUCCCUCUCUCCUUUCUCUCUUUCUCCCGUCUCUCUUUCCCUCUUUCUCCCCUCUCUCUUUCUCCCCUCUCUCUUUCUCCCCGCUAUCUCUUUCCACCUCUCUAUUUCUACUCCUCUCUUUUUAUCCCCUCUCUCGAUGGGAUAAAAAGAGAGGAGUAGAAAUCUCUCUCUUACCCCUCCCUCUCUUUCUCCCACUCUCUCUCUCUCUUUCUGCUCUAUCUAUUUCGCCUCUCGCUUUCUCCUCCUCUCUCCUCUUACCCACUCUCUCUCUUUCGCCCUCUCUCUUUCUCCCCAACUCUCUCUCUCUUUUUCCCCAUCUAUCUCUUUCUAUCCCUCACUCUCUCUUAUUCUCCACCUCUCUCCUUCUCCCUUAA